CCAGUGGUGGGACCAAUACACCAGAGCAGCCCAGUCCCUCUCCUGGAGCCCAGGUUACCCCUUCCUCCUGCACACAACCCUUCAAAGACUGCCCAUGACGACGGACGUGCUGGAGAGCAAUAACACCAAGGCCAGCGCUCCCCUGCUGGCCCAGCGGCACCUGCGCAUGGUGACCAAGGACGGGCACAGCACCCUGCAGCUGGACGGUGCCCGGGGCAGGGGCCUGGCCUAUCUGCGCGACGCCUGGGGGAUCCUCAUGGACAUGCGCUGGAGGUGGAUGAUGCUCGUCUUCGCCGCUUCCUUCGUCCUCCACUGGCUGGUCUUUGCAGUGCUCUGGUACCUGCUGGCUGAGAUGAACGGGGACCUGGAGCUGGACCACGAUGCUCCCCCUGACAACCACACUAUCUGUGUCAAGUACAUCACCAGCUUUACGGCUGCUUUCUCCUUCUCCCUGGAGACGCAGCUCACGAUCGGCUACGGCACCAUGUUCCCGAGCGGGGACUGUCCCAGUGCCAUCGCACUGCUGGCAAUCCAGAUGGUCCUGGGGCUCAUGCUGGAAGCCUUCAUCACAGGUGCGUUCGUGGCCAAGAUCGCCCGCCCGAAGAACCGGGCGUUCUCCAUCCGCUUCACGCGCUCUGCCGUGGUCACACAUCCCGAGGGGAAGCCACACCUCAUGUUCCAGGUGGCCAACACUCGCUCCAGCCCCCUGACCAGCGUCCAGAUCUCUGCUAUCCUGUACCAAGAGCAGGAGAACGGGCAGCUGCACCAAACGAGCGUCGACUUCCACCUCGACAGCGUUACUGCGGCCGAGUGUCCUUUCUUCAUCUUCCCGCUGACCUACUACCAUUCCAUCUCUCCAUCCAGCCCUCUGGCUGCCCUCCUCCAGAGAGAAGCUCCUCACCACUUUGAGCUGGUCGUCUUCCUGUCAGCUGUGCAGGAGGGCACGGGAGAAACGUGUCAAAGGAGAACGUCCUACCUGCCCUCCGAGAUCCUGCUGUCCCACCGCUUCGCCCCCGUGCUGGCCCGCAGUGCCCAAGGUGAGUACCACAUCCAGAUGGAGAACUUUGACAAGACUAUUCCUGAGCUCCCGGCUGCACCUGGCUCCAAGAGCCCCAGGAGGACUGACAAGGAGAUCCGCAUCAAUGGGCAGCACGCUGACAGCUUCCAGCUCUCCGAGACUGGCCUCACAGAAUAGAGAGAACAGACUGUGGACUUGGGGCUUUUUUUAAUUAUUAUUACAUUAAACUUUCAGGUUCCAUUUACAACCUUCCCUCCUUGCCUGCCCUGCCAUCUUCUAGUGAUCCUUCUCUUGUCCUUCCAUCCUUUUGAUUACAAUGUGACACAGUGAAGAGAACGUGAGUGCCCCGAGAGGCUGGAUGAGCCACCCAGGAUGAAGUCGGGUACAAGAACCACGGUACUAACAUCAGAAGAGCUACUUGCUGAAUUUCCCAGACUGUGAUUAAUGCCACACUGACCCCAAAAGGAGAGAUCUUCAAAACUCCCAAAGAUGACCAAAAUCAUACUUCACCAGCUUGUGACAAAAUGGACAACAACAUAAAAGCAAUAUGGGGUCACUCAGUAAAUGCAUUAGUUCUGCUUUAAGUAACUCUGUUCAUCCAAGAUACCAGUUUUUCUGUUCUCUUAAGUCUUUGGGAAUACAGUUACAUCACUUUUCAGAGGGCUGAAUUCACUCUCAGAAAGUCCUGCCAAUCUCUCGUGGCAGUGAAAAGCACUCCUGCUGUGCUUAUUAAGUAAAACUGUAAAUACUAAGUGUAGUUCUUCAUUCUGCCAAGUAAAAGAACAUCUCGUUUCCAGACAGAUCUAUGAAGACACUAUCAAAAAAUCUUGAUAUAUAUGACAAAGGCUGCAGUGGAAAUUUUUUCAUAUUUGGAAACACUGAAUAAAUUAUUUAGCAGUGGCAA